UUCUGUUCUGUUGCUUUAGGAUUAGAUUUGAGGGACUGAGGUAGGGCUGAAGCGGCAACGGAAUGAAACAUGGCGGGGAGCGUGUCGGUCCCUGACACAUCCAGUAAAGAUCCACAGGCAUUCAGAGUUGAUCUGUUAUUGGCAUUGAUAUAGGCUGGAACUUCAUUUUAAAAUGAAUAUUCCUGAAGUGUGUGUAUAAAAGAACAAAUCCUGCACUUGAAUGUUACAACGUGUGAACACUGUGGAGAAGAUGGCUUAUGUUAGCCCCAAAGAAAUUGCACUGAUAAUUGGAGUGGUGGCAGCUUGUUAUUGGAACAGUCUCUUUUGUGGUUUUGUUUUUGAUGAUGUUUCAGCCAUUUUGGACAACAAAGACUUGCAUCCUUCAACUCCAUUAAAAAAACUCUUUUUGAAUGACUUCUGGGGGACUCCUAUGUCUGAGGAGAGGAGUCAUAAAUCAUAUCGGCCAUUCACUGUCCUCACCUUCCGUUUGAAUUACUUGUUCAGUGAAUUAAAUGCUGUCUCUUACCACCUCCUGAAUGUCAUCUUCCAUGCAGUUGUUUGUAUAGUCUUCCUUAAGGUCUGUAAGCUUUUCUUGGACAGCAGAAGCAGUGUGGUUGCAUCCCUACUCUUUGCAGUACAUCCAAUACAUACUGAAGCUGUGACUGGGGUAGUGGGCAGAGCAGAGCUUCUUUCGUCUAUCUUUUUCCUUGCUGCAUUUUUGUCAUAUACCAGAUCAAAAGGGCCGGAAAACACUAUUGUAUGGACUCCCAUUGCGCUGACUGUGUUUUUGGUGGCUGUUGCUACGUUAUGUAAGGAACAAGGAAUAACAGUAGUGGGAAUAUGUUGUGUCUAUGAAGUAUUUAUGGCUCAAGGGUACACCUUGCCUAUGCUGUGGGAUACGGUAUUACAGAUUCUCCGGGGCAAAGGCAGUAUUCCUUAUUGUAUGCUCCAAAUGCUGUUGAAACUAAUUGUUCUGAUGUUUAGUACACUACUGCUUGUUGUGAUCAGAGUCCAGGUUAUACAGUCACAACUGCCAGUGUUUACAAGGUUUGAUAACCCAGCUGCUGUAAGCCCCUUUCCUGCCAGGCAGCUCACUUUCAACUACCUCCUUCCUGUAAAUGCUUGGUUGCUUCUAAAUCCUUCAGAGCUGUGUUGUGAUUGGACAAUGGGCACCAUACCAUUGGUAGAGACUCUGCUGGAUGUAAGGAAUAUUGCUACCAUCACCUUCUUCUGUUUUUUGGGAUCUUUGCUCAUUUUCAGCCUCCGGUAUCCUGGGGAUUCCUCUAAGACUGUACUAAUGGCACUUUGUUUAAUAGUGUUGCCAUUCAUCCCAGCAUCAAAUCUUUUUUUUCCUGUUGGCUUCGUAGUAGCAGAGCGAGUGUUAUAUGUUCCCAGCAUGGGAUUCUGCAUGCUAGUAGCCCAUGGGUGGAGAAAGCUGUCAAGCAACAGUAUGCUAAGAAAACUAUCUUGGAUUUUUCUUUCUCUGGUGCUGUUCAUUCAUGCCUUAAAAACACUGCAGAGGAAUUGGGAUUGGGAAUCUGAGUAUACAUUGUUCAUGUCAGCUUUAAAGGUGAAUAAGAACAAUGCCAAACUCUGGAACAAUGUAGGUCAUGCUUUAGAAAAUGAGAAGAACUUUGAGCAAGCAUUGAGAUUCUUCAUACAAGCCACCCAAGUUCAGCCAGAUGAUAUUGGUGCCCAUAUGAACGUUGGAAGAACUUACAAAAAUUUAAACAGAACCAAAGAAGCUGAAGAAUCCUAUUUGGUUGCAAAAUCACUGAUGCCACAGAUUAUUCCAGGAAAAAAAUACGCUGCACGGGUUGCUCCUAAUCAUCUGAAUGUUUACAUAAAUCUCGCAAAUUUGAUUCGAGCAAACGAGUCUCGCCUGGAAGAAGCAGAUCAGUUGUAUCGCCAAGCAAUUAGCAUGAGGCCAGAUUUCAAACAGGCAUACAUAAGCAGGGGUGAAUUGCUUCUAAAAAUGAACAAACCGAUGCAAGCUAAGGAAGCUUACCUUAGAGCCCUUGAGCUGGAUAGGAGCAAUGCAGAUCUGUGGUAUAACUUGGCAAUUGUUUACAUUGAACUGAAAGAUCCAACCGAAGCUCUGAACAACUUCAACAGGGCAUUAGAACUCAAUCCCAAUCAUAAAUUGGCGCUGUUUAAUUCUGCACUGCUGAUGCAAGAAUCUGGUGAUGCUAGACUGAGGCCUGAAGCCAAGAAACGGCUUUUAAAUUAUGUAAGAGAAGAGCCUCAGGAUGCAAAUGGCUAUUUUAAUUUGGGUAUGUUGGCAAUGGAUGACAAAAAAGAUGCUGAAGCAGAGACUUGGAUGAAAAAAGCCAUAAAGCUACAGGCUGGCUUCCGAAGUGCUUUGUUCAAUUUGGCACUACUUUAUUCUCAGACUGCAAAGGAGUUGAAGGCCCUGCCAGUCCUGGAAGAGCUGCUGAGAUACUACCCUGAUCAUACCAAAGGUUUGAUUUUGAAGGGAGAUAUUUUGAUGAACCAAAAGAAAGAUAUCAGAGGAGCUAAAGAGUGCUUUGAAAAAAUUCUGAAAAUGGAUCCUAACAAUGUACAAGGGAAGCACAAUCUUUGUGUAGUGUAUUUUGAGGAACGAGACUUAUUAAAAGCAGAGAAAUGUCUGGUAGAGACACUGGCCUUAGCCCCGCAUGAGGAAUAUAUCCAGCGUCAUUUAAGCAUCGUCCGAAGCAAAAUUGCAUCAUUUGGUACAGGGGAAGCCUCUGUGAUUCCCACAGGAAAAAAUAAAGCUGCAGAAGGGGAAAAGGCCACAUUUGUAAACUUGAAAGAGGUAAAAAAUCAACAGAAAACCACUCAGACCCCAGACAGUAAUAAUAAAAACAAAGGGCAAAGAAAAGCCAAAAAGCACGAAGAGAAAAACAACACAGACAAAGAGACAAAAAAGAAAUCCACAAAAGAAAUAAAAGACAUUGAGAAAAAAAGAGUUGCUGCUCUGAAAAGACUUGAAGAGAUUGAGCGUAUAUUAAAUGGGGAAUAAGUUCUUGGGUCACCUUAACGCUGAAAGAUGAUGGUAUUUCCAAUAUUGUGUGUAUUGAGUAAAAAUGACCACUAGGUCCAUAUGAAUUGGGAGAGAACAAUGGAAGCAUAUCAUUACUUUUUAAAAAAAGUAUGAAAAGGCUGUUUCUGCUAUGCAAGAAAAAUAACCUGUUAUGAAAAUCAUGGAUUUCAAUAAAGCGUUUCUGGGUAAGGAAGUGAGCAUACCUGGUGCAGGAGUUUUCCACUGAUAGAAAUGGUAACUUUCAUACUAAAGGUUGCUGUACUAAAGCAAGACUCACUGAACUCAGCAAUGCUGGCUUCAGAGUAAAAGGUAUUUCAGGUGGACCGUGCCUGCUAGUGUUUGGUUGCAUUCUCAGAGAGAGAUAAAAUGCUAGACGGCAAAUUUAAAGGUUGUUUCUAGACUGACUUUUCAAGGGACAUUUUUCUGGUGGGAAGUGCUUUUGGGAGUGCAACUUUAGUUUGAAUAAUUCUCUUUAUUUCAGUUUACAUUUAAAAUCAUUGGUGUUUUUUUAGCUCUAUAUUAUGCAUCACCCUCACCUCUUCUCCUUAGCAUCAUUCAUGUUUCACAUGUCAAGAUUUAGUAGUAGAUACCAUUCAUGUUAGUUAUGUGCAUGCACACAUUUCAUAGUUUUUCAGCCUACAGAGAUCACACUAAUGUUCAGUGGGUCCCUAAAUUGGGGGGAUACAUAUAUAUAUAAAACACUCCCAUGCUUAUUGACAUCCUUUAGAGAUUUAUUAAGAUACAGUGGUGUUAUGUUUUAUAUAACAACUGUGGGUGCUUGUAUAUCAACUGUCAGUCAGCCUGCUAUAAGGAAUCACUGGAUAUGAAACCUCGGGGUUUAUUUCUUUCUCAAUAUGUGUGGGAAUUUUUGGCUUUUUUAAAAAAUUGGCUUUUUAACAACUUUUGUUUCUAGUGGAGCAACACAAGGCACACCAUAUUUUGGUCUUUUCUUACGAAUGGACUCUGUAGUAUAUUCA